AUGAUUCCCAACAGUUAAUAUAAUUGUUUUUAUACCAUCUUAAAAGUAAAAUCUAAAAUUUACCAUUAGCGUAGCUACUAAUAUGUAAAUAAGUGUCUCAGACUAGCACUUUAUUAUAAAAUGCAGUAACAAUAGGGUGUUUAACAUGUUCAUCUGAUAUUAUGA